UUUGCCGGAAAGCGCGAAGAAGGAGGCUGACUGGGGAAAGCCUGGAAGGCAGCAAGGAUUGGUAAAGUCAAAGAAUUGGGCUUGCCUCACGGGGUGCUCCGUAUAUUCCUCCACUUCAGCUUCGCUCACUUGGACAGGGCUUUCUGCAGCACCAUUACUGAGGGAUCCUUCAGAGGCAAAAAUGGAGAAGGAAGAUGCUACGAGAGCUAAAUUGGAGAGAGAAUCAGACCGGAGAGGAAAAUUCCCUCAUAUUUUCCAGGUUGAGAGUAUUAAGGAAUUUCUUCAAAGGAGACCAGAAGAUCCCAAGAAUCAGCAAGGUGGAGAGGGUUCUCUUUCCCUUGUGCAGUGGGAAGCCCAGUGGCAGGAAUUCCUCAGGACAAUGGAAAACCCUCACUCAAGAUGGGGAAUUCCACAUUUGCCAGAGAAACCUUCACCCUGGAAGGAUACCAAGGCCUUUCUGGCCUCCUUUGAACAAGUUGCCGAGGCCUGUCAAUGGCCCAAGGAAGAGUGGGUGACCCGACUCUUGCCAUCACUCAGUGGAGAAGCUGAGAAGGCCUUUAAGAAUAUGGAUUUCAGAAUGAGAGACGAUUAUGAGAAGGUGAAGGCAGCCAUCUUGCGAGGGGAUGCCCUGAGCCGGGAAAAGCAGCGUCAGCAGUUCAGGUGUUUCUGCUACCAGGAGGCUGAGGGGCCACGAGCGGCAUAUAUCCAACUGCAGGAAGCUUGCCGUGGGUGGCUGAGAGUGGAGAAUCACAGCAAGGAGCAAAUCCUGGAGCUCUUGAUCUUGGAGCAGCUGCUAAUUGUUCUGCCUCUGACGCUUCAGAGACGGGUGAGGGAAAAUAGCCCUGAGAGCUGCUCCCAGGCAGUGGCCCUAGCUGAAGAGUUCAUCAGGCAGGAGAAACUGGCGACAGCAGGGAUUGUCUCUGAGUCAGGCUGGACUCCAUCUGAGGACAAACAGAGGCAGCUCUUAAUGAACAUCAAAGAAGAGGAGAACGGAGAGGCCAGCCCUCUGGCAGGACUUGUAAAUGUUGGGGACUUCCAGGUUUUCUCAUUGGAAAAAGCCAAGAAUGAAGAGGCUGACAAAAACUUCUGGGAUCCAGGCAGACCAGAUAAUCCCAGUCCUUGCCAAAGGGGGGGCUUGCACAAAAUCCCAGUCCAAGAAGAAAGGUCAACCAAUAGCAGAGGGGACAAAGGCCUUAGUGCUCACAAGAGAAUCUGCAAGCAGAGGCAGCCCUUGAUGAACAUCAAGGAAGAGGAGAACGGCGAAGCCAGCCUUCUGGCAGGACUUGUAAAUGAGACGGGUGGGGAAUUCCAGGUUUUCUCAUUGGAAAAAGCCAAGAAUGAAGAGGCUGACGAAAACUUCUGGGAUCAAGGUGGGCCAGAGAAGCAGGAAGGAAGCCAUCCAGAGAAGAAGGUGGAUAAUCCCAUUCCUUGCCAUGGAGGGGGCUUGCACGAAGAAAUGUCAACCAACAACAGAGGGGGAAAAGGCCUCAGUGCUCACAAGAGAAUCUGCUCCAUGGAAAAAGAAAACAAAAAUGUAGCUGUUGGGAAGAGCUCCAUUCAGAGCUCAAAUAUCUCUCAGGAACAAGUUCCGUCAGGAGACAAGCCUUACAGUUGCUUGGAUUGUGGGAAGAGCUUCAGUCGAAGAAUGGCCCUUGCAUCACAUUCAAGAAUUCACUUAGGGGAUGAUCAGGAAAUUGAGGAUGAUGAAGAACUGCAUCGCUUAUCAUCAGAUGAAGCCAGGUGUGACGAGUGGGAAGGAAACAAUGCGAAUCAAGGUGGAGCCAAGAGGCAGAAAGGAAGCCUCAUGAUCGAGGAGAGGGAUAAACCCUUUUCUUGCCAAGGAGAGAAUGUCCAUGAAGUAAUUUACAUGGUGGAGGAAGCGAACAAGCGCUUGGAAUGUGGAAAGAACUUCUCAGAUAAAUCCCAAUAUAAUUUUCAUUUGCAAAAACACAGUAGAAAGAAGAUCCAUAAGUGCUUGGUGUGUGGAAAGAACUUCAGGUGCAGAUCGGAGCUCCUUGAACAUCACAGAAGCCACACAGGAGAGAGACCGUAUAGCUGCUCAGCCUGUGGCAAGCGCUUCCAAUAUAAAUCAGCCCUGACUCAACACCAAAAAAUCCAUUCACAAACGAAACCAUAUAAAUGUUCAGAGUGUGGAAAGAGAUUCACUAGGAGUUUCAGUCUUCAACAGCAUCAAAGAAUCCACUCAGGGGAGAAACCUUUGGAAUGCUUACACUGUGGAAAGGUUUGAAAUGCCACUUUCAACGACAUCAGAUAACCCACGUAGGGGGAGAUCAUUUAGCAGAUCAACCUGUGGCGAGCCCAUCUCUCAUAUUUCACACCCAAAAUAUAAUCUCGGGCUCCGCAGAAGAAUGCAGCUGUACAAAAUGCUUGGAGCGUAGAUUGAGUUUGCAUCUGCACUGAAACCUUACCCCAAGCUCAGAAGCCACAGUUUAUUUGCCAUGCUUUAUUUUCUGUUUUUUUAAAAAAAAAAAAACAAAUUGGAAUUAAACUUUUAAAAAAGUUA